AUGUCAGCACUGUUGUCUUUUACCCAGUUUACAGACUUCGCUUCAUACUUUUCCUUCCCCCUCCCCUUCAGUGUGUACCUGGGGCUUGUUGUAGUCGCCCUCGGGAUUCUACUUUGUGUUUCUAUUGGCAUCGUCAUAUGCGUUAGGAGAUGCUGCUGUGGAGGGCGCAUGCAGACAAACCCAGACGAAUUCGCAAGUACACGACAAAUUAUAGAUGUGGAAAUGGCGACCAAAGGUCAACAGGCGACAAAACAAAAAAGUUCUCGGUAUAAGGCGAAAUUAUCCCUCCGAGGAAACGUCAUUCAAGAGGAAGCAAGUUCCCAUGGAUACGAAGAUAUCGAAGACCUUGACCAAGACGACUAUGAGAAUGUCAGGGACAGACUGGAUGAUUCGGACUCGGAUGAUUUUGAUUAUGAAAAUCUAAGGAGCGGCGUUUAGCUUUGAACCCGUCUAAAAUUUUUGUGCAAUUUGGUUGAUUACUACUCUUAUUUCAUACAUUGAAUACAAACUCUACUGAAGGUAGUAAAAUAGACAAAUAAGUACUUAAACAUGUUUGUGUAAAGAUAUCUAUAGUCUGUAUAGGCACAUGUAUAUGUGCGGGUUUUUUUUAAAGAAUGAAUUUAUAUAUUUGAUUCACGUUUUAUAUUCCAGCCAUAAUGAUCUCUAAAGAUGUGUGUGAAGACGCAUUUUACGUUUCUUUAA